UUAUAUGGCCCUAUAGUUUGCACCUUGAAAGAGCCCGGAACAACAUAACUUCGCCCGGGCCAUUGCUCCGCUCGCGAACGACCACGCUUGGAGCGAGCUGCUGCCGACGAGGACAGGCGCGCUGAACACGAGCCUUGUGUACACGUCCCGUGCUCCCGGCUUGGGGCUUGGCGGCGGCGCCAAGGGGCGACACCGGGCUCCGGUCACGCACGCGACCCGGUGGGACACAGCACGGCACGGCCACCCCGUGCGCCGUCGGGGGCGGGCCGGACAUCGCCGUGGUCGCCAAACAUGUCUGAAAGGUCCCAGGUCCUGUGCAAGUACCACAUCUCCGGUGCCUGCCGGUUCGGCUCGGACUGCGCCUUCUCGCACAACCUGUCCGACCUGCCCAGCCAGGUCUGCAAGUUCUACCUAGCCGGGAACUGCGCCUACGGCGACCGCUGCCGCUACGACCACCGCCGGCCGGACUGGUCCAAAGCCGGGCAGCUACGGCAGCAGCAGCAGCAGCACGUACAGCCCGCACAGCCGCACGCUAGCUCCGCGGGGGCUGCCGGGCCCAGCUCCCGAGCUCUGCGCGGGGACCCAUAUGUGGCGGUGUGGGAUGCGCGGGAGCCCACCGACCCUUCGCGCCUCCCCCCAGCCCUUGCGGCAGCGGCAGCGGCAGCCUCCCCCUCGGGGCCAGCCCCCUCAGGGCCUGGCGCCGCGCCUUCAGCGACUGCGAGCAGGGGCCCGGCCUGGGGCUUAGCCGCCGGCGCCAAGGCGCCCGUCGCAACAGGAGCGGCAGCAGGCCGUGCAGCGGGUGGUGGCGGCGGCGCUGAGCCGGCGGACGAGUGGGAGCACGUCGCCGAGGCCGUUGCGGCGGCGGAGGCGGCGGAAGCGGCAGCUGCGGCUGGGCGGCGCGGACUGGUGCUGAUUGAUGACGAUGUGGGUCUGGAGCAGGAGGCGCGGCGGCUGGAGCAGGAGCGAGGGCAGCGGGCAGCGGAGGGGGCAGGCGCGAGGCCGUCAGUGGUGUCAGGAGCCGCAGCGGCGGCGGCGGGGGCGGCGGGCGCCGCCGGCUCACUUCCCUGGUCCCCGGACUUGGAUCCCUGGGACCAGCGGGGCGGGGCGGGUGGGGAACGCGAGGCAGGCGGGGAGGAAGGGUACUACGACCCGUACUACGACGAGUAUGGGGAGUACGGCGAAGGCGAGGAGGGGCAUGAGGGGGAGGAGCAGGCGGGCUAUGAGGCCGGCGGCGAGGAGGGGCAGGAGGGCCCGGCGGGUCAAGGCGCGGGCUGGUGGAGUGGCGCCGGUGCUGGUGCUGGUGCAGGGGGUGAAGCGGUGGACCCCGCGGACCUGGAGCUGUGUCCGGCGUUUGCGCUGCACGGCCGGUGUGCGGAGGGCGAGGACUGCCCCCUCAUACACGGCCUGGAGUGCGAGACGUGCCACAAGUGGCGGAUACACCCCUACAACGAGGCGGCGGCGGCGGAGCACGCGGCGGAGUGCCGGCUGCGGCAUGCGCGGCUGGAGGCGCGGCUGCGCAGUGCAGACGUGGAGUGCGGCAUCUGCCUGGAGCACGUGAUGCACAAGCCCAGUGUGUCGGACCGGCGCUUCGGACUGAUGGACUGCGACCACGCCUUCUGCCUGGCCUGCAUCCGCUCCUGGCGAGAGCGCAACACAGACGCCAGCCUGGCCACGGACACGGCUGUGCGCACCUGCCCCAUUUGCCGCACGUGCACGCACUUCGUGACGCCCUCCCUGGUGUGGCCGGCCACGGCCGAGGAGAAGGAGGCCAUCGUGGGCGCCUACAAGGCCAAACUGGGCACCAUCGACUGCCGGCACUUCGCAUUUGGCGACGGCACAUGCCCCUUCUCCACCUCCUGCUUCUACCGCCAUGCCUACCGCGAUGGCCGACUAGAGGUGCCGGUACUGCGGCGCGCCGGCAACGCGGACGGCGAGGUGCGGGUGGUGGCGCCGCUGCGGCUGUCCGCCUUCCUGGACACACCGCAGGCGCAGCGGCUGCUGGGCGGCCGCAGGCGGUGAACAGGGGUGCAGCGGGCGGCAGGGUAAGGGGCAGGUGACGAGGGGUGAACAGGGCGGCAGGCGGGUAAGGGAUGCUGGAUGGCAGGGUGGCAGAGUGGCAGAGAUUUACAGGUAUUGUCAGGCAGGCAGUUUGUGAGUGUAGGCGACUAAGCAACUAGGCAGCACUAGGCAUAGACGUGUAGGAAUGCAUGGGUGUUCCCCGAGGACCGGGCCACGCCCACAGCCACGCCCACAGCCACUAGAGCCGUGGAGGAGGGCCGUGCCCGCGCACUCCCGCUGGCAAGCUGGUGGGCCGUAGCAGAUACUACCAAGGUGUUUUGAUGGCUAACGUUCAUUGAGAGAUGUAGCAGGCGGGUUUGGCGGGAACAUGGAUCCGGCCAACCGCUUAAAAUUGUGCACUUGUGCACCAGGGAAUUGUGGCCCAGGGACGUAUCUAUUCAAUACUUACGAGCCGUGACACUCCAAACUUCACAAAAUGUCGGGCAUUGACAAGUGUCUUGGCCCGGGACGGGGAAUCGGCAAAGGCGGCAAGCGGCACCGCAAGGUUCUGCGCGAAAGCAUCAACACAGCUCUGACGCAAGGCUCCAUUCGCCGCCUGGCUCGCCGUGGCGGCGUGAAGCGGCUCAGUGGGCUUGUCUACAACGAGAUUCGCUCGGUCCUCCGAGGAUUCCUGGAGGCCUUGGUCAGGGACACGAUCACGUACACGGAGCACGCGCGUCGCCAACAUGUCAAGUUAAUGGAUGUCAUGUACGCUCUUAAGCGUCAAGGCCGGACUUUGUAUGGGUUCGGCGUCUUUUAAUUGCGCCAA